GGCCAAGAAGAUGGGAGCUUCGUUCUACGUCCUGACCACCCUUGUGGGUGCGCUGUCUUGCUUCUUCGGCGAGGCUGCAGAUAUCCCGGACUUACGGUACCUUAAAGCGUACACCGCACCUAAUUGUACGGGCGCUUUCUACGAGUUCUUCGACUACACCCCAGAACUGAGCGUGUACGCCAUGGACAACUCCAUCAUCAGCAUUCGUUUUACUGGCGACUGGAUGCUGUACGCAGACAACUUCUACAACUUCGAAGUCUUAGGAAGCACGUAUUACCAUCGUACCGGAAUCAACAUUUGCUACAACCUCGAUUCUCCCAUCGCUGGAAAUGCAUCUUCACUGCGGUACGCCGGCAGUCCGUACGGCAUCGACGACGUGUACUACAACCUGUACGACGGCUGGGCCUACUCGGGGGAUGAGUUCCGGAGCAACACGGACGCAGAGACCGUUGGCCACAUGGACAUGAGGACGACUUCUGUUAUCAUACAAGGACAGUCUCCGUGGACUUUCUACACAGGCCUGCAGUUCACAGGAGAGGCCGUGUGCUUGUACCCGACACAUUUACACUCGAGCGGUGACAUUCAAAUUCGCACUUCGUUCGUUUACCCGGUGUCCAACUUGGGCAUCCCGGACAACUCGAUCAGGUCGGUGGCCAAAGGCUGCCUCACCGACAACGUCUACAGGGGCGCCCUGCCGAUCUCGGGACAAAGAAGUGCUGAGCCCCUGGACCAUAACUAACUGGAACGCCAAGGGCUGGAGCAUGGGGAUGGUACGCUGGAAGUUUAACUGAAUGAGGCUCCAUAGACAAGUGGUACUAAUAGCGGCUCUAGAAUUGUUUAUUAGAUAUAUGUUUAAUUGCAACGUCAGAGUUAAAUUAUUCUUCAAAUCGUCAUCCUCGCACAUAAACUUUGUACCAUCAUCAAUAAAGUAGCCAUUUAAAUUAGCAGAGUUGAAUAUUGCGUGGUAGUUUAGAUCCAUCCAGUUACAACCGAAAUCUUGACUCCGAUUGUGGCACAUAAAACGCUUUUUCAAUAUUCCCUGACGCUUAAUAGUCUUAUUUGUACUGAAUUUAUACUAUGUGGAGUUGUUUUUAUUGUUAACUUGAUGAUUGAUGAUAGAAAGCCAUGCACAGCAACGCUCCUGAGUAUAUAUAGCGGCACCGCACGCUAGAACGUGCAACAUGUAAUCGUAUAGUGCCACAUAAAACGUUUAUUCAAUAUUCCUUUGCUAUUGUAUCAAGUCUUCUCUGUACUGUACUAAGUGGAGUUGUUUUGCUAGCUUUGAACUUGAGGAUUGAUUACAAUUAUGGGCAACGGCAUGCGCUCUGCACAUCUCUGCAGGCGAAGUUAGUCGUCCUCAUGUCGUCUCGUGCGUGGCUUUCCUGGCAUCGUCGGUUAUAAAUAAGUUUUUUGCCGCAUGCAGGGACACAGCAACGCUUCUUGGACAUGGUCUCGAAUAGGAAAACAAGGAAAAAAAUUUCGUAAUCUUUUAAUUAAUUCAUAUGCGUCUGUUAUAAAGUAUCAAAUACCUGAAUGGUUGCAGCGUGCAGCGGCGAACGCUUGCUCACAAAAAAGACCAACGGACCUCUUGUCUCGUGAUUGAGAUACGAUGAUUUUAUCCUUUGGAUAUUCAACACUGUAUGUCUGCCUAUUUCUAUGAUGAAAUUUUAGGCGUCGGCUUUAUUUUUUCAAUGGAAUUUUUAGAUCAUUAUAACUUAAAUAAAGUAUUGGUAGCAAAUUCUGCAAGUGUUACUCGACAACCAACUCAGCUGCUUGACUACCAUUAUAACGACUGUUUACUGCGGGUCGCCUGCCGAAGACCACCACUGCCCUG